AUGAGCGACAAACCUGUCGUCGCGAACGCAGCGCCCGACGAGGCGAACCAAUCUAUGGCGCAGCACGAGCCAAAUGCAAUACCUGCCAGUUUGACACAAGACGACAAGAAAGGCAGCACGGCAACGACGCAGGAGGUCGCAAAGACCGCCGACUACAUCCAGAGCGCCUUUACUACAUUUGAGAAUGGGAUUGUAGAGACGGUCACCCAACGCCUCACUACAUUUGAGAACAAAAUGGUAGAGAAGGUUACCCAACGCGUCACUACAUACGGAUAUAAUAAAGAAAUGUUGGUGAGGUUCUGCCAAGACGAACUUACUGGUUUUGAGAAAGAAAUGGUAGAGAUGGUUACCCAAACCGUGACUACAUUUGAGCAAGGAAUAAUAGAAAAGCUCCAACAAUCAAUGGACAGACGUAACAACACAUUGUUGCAAAUGCGACAAGGACUAAAGAAAUUGGACAACGCUAUGUCAUCUACACACGCCAAAAUCGGCGACCAACAAACUGAGAUGCAAGAAUUAGCAAGCGACGGGAAGAAGACGACGAAAGAAUUCACUGCUGCCAUGGAUAAACAAUGUACCGAAGCGCUGGAGCUAUUAACAUCUGUCAAAGAGUCAGUCAGACGUCUCGGUCGCGAAGAGGAUGUACGUCAACGGGUCAUUGGCCUCAUGCAGAACAGAUUCAAUGAAGCCAGGGAGCGAAUGGACGCUCUUGAAGUAUGA